AGCAUUUUCAAAUGAAAUUCUGUGAUGAAACCAACUAAAUGACAACAAUCCAUAACAGCCAAUCAACAAAGCAGCAUGAAAGUUGGUCAACCCAUGUUCAAGUUCUACAAAGACAGAGCCUUAAGCCUACACAUUUGCCCCAGCAGCUGUUGAUCUCACUCCCAACAAAAGAAGGUGGUGUUUUGAUAGAAAUGAAACAGGUGGGAACUGGCAAGGAGCAGCUCAGUCCAGUCAGUCCACACAGGCUUUUUGACGAAUGGCAUGAAGCUUGAUUUUCCGAAGGUAGUGUAAAAAAGACAUGCAAGACCUUCCUGGAGUAAAUACCAUUGAAGUGUGCAGUCUUGUCUUGUUAAUCCAAUUAUGCUUUCGGUGAAAAUGGAAGUCCACCUAAAAAUUCCUCUUAAAUGCCACAUUGCUGAUGUUUGAGGUUGGAAGAUAGAAGAUCUCACCAAAGCAUGGAAUAGCUUGAUGGAGGAAUUAUAAAUCAAACCUUAAAGUUAUUCAAAUCCUAUAAUGAAAAGGUGCUUGUUGCUGAAGUUUCACUGGUCGGUCGACACGUGGAGACACGGUAUUUGAUCAACUUGAGUUAAGCUUCAACCUUGGAGAAGAUUUAGAACACAACAUUCCCGACGGUGUUGAAUAGGCUCUGUUGAAAUUCAAGAAGCAAGAGAGGAGUUUCCUUAAGUUGACACCUGCAUACGGUUUCGGCUCUGCCGGUAACGAGAAACAAGGUGUUUUACCCAACGUCAACUUCGAAUACGAGGUUGAACUAAAGAGCUUUGAAAAGGCCAAAGAGAGCUGGAGCAUGGACGCCGAAGAAAAAGCUGGAACAGGCGAAACUCUGCAAAGAAAAAGGAGCCAAUCAUUUAAAAACUGCCAAAUACGCUCUGGCUAACAAACAGUAGGCCUACUUCAAGAUUUUCACCCUCCUCGAGUUUGAAAAAACUCUUAAAGACUAGAAAGCUACGGAGCGAGAACAGCUCAUGCUGGCAGCAUACCUCAAUCAAGCCAUGUGCUGUUGAAAGUUAAAUGAUUUCUGUGCAACUCGUGAUCAUUGCCACAAGGCGCUCGAGAUGAACCCGAAAAAUGAAAAGGGUUUAUUCCGUAUGGGCCAGGCACUUUUGGGCAUUCACGAGCCUGAGGAAGUCAAGAAACAUUUCGAGGCGAUUCUCCAAUUUGAUUCGAACAACAAGGCGGCCGCCAAUCAAGUGGUGAUCUGCAACGCCAAGAUUCGGGAGCUACGCGAAAAGGACAAGAAAUUGUACUCUAGCAUUUUCAACAAGGUGGUCGAAAACGAUCGACAGGUAAGCGAAAAGAAUGGAGGCAAAUGGCUUUACGGUUGGUGGGACGAAUCGACGAAGGGUGUCCAGCUGGACGUUGAUCUGGCUCAUAUCGAACGAGAUAAACAAGAAGCUGUGGAACAGUUGAAGGCUGAACGUAGGAAGAUCCAAGCAGAUUUUUUCAAGCGUUACGGGGGCAGGAAACCCAACAUUGUGUCAGUCAACGGGAAACCGCUAAAUUUGAAUGAAGAUGAGGGUGAAGAAGAAGAUGACAAAAGCUCUUCGGAACACCAAAAUGCGGAGUCGACAGAAACACCAACAGAGUCAUCACAUGAGUCAUCCAACGAUCUUCAAAGCCUUGCGGAACAAGGCGAUGGAUAUGCCGGAACCGACGCAGUGGGACAAUGAAGACUCGGAGAACACGACCGCCGUUGAAUUGCAAGAUCCUUUGGACUCUGUGCCAUGUAUAGAGUCGGAAGACUCCGAAGGGUCGGAUGAAAACUAAUCUUAUUGAUUAUCGUCAUUGUGAUUCUCGACCCAUUUUUUUGAAAUUUUAUUACCGAGAAUUGAUUGUGUUUUUCUUUCAUGCCUGUUCUCUCUGUUGUUAUAACACAAACAAUUUCUAAACCAACACAGUUACUAAGGACAUAUUCAAUUGAUUGUGUAAUUAUCGACUGCCCUCAAUCGUAAAACAUAUCUCAUCUUUAUCAAAUAAAAAUUGUGAAUUUGACGGGUAUAAAAUUUAAUAAAUAAAACUGGAGACUC